GGAUGCCUUCUCAUACCAGUUUCACUGCCCUUCCGCAUCUCACUAUAAGAGACCUAAUAUUCAAUAUUCAUCCUAGUCAUCGGAGUAGGCCAGUCAGAGUCUCUGGUACUUAGGUACAUCUGUACCAGCCGCAUCGGAUCAGCACUCUGCCUGUUUCCAGGGAACGCUGCUUGUCCAUUUUGUAAUGGCGAUCUCGCCCGUCCGGCAUAAUGAACACUAGACAGGUUAUCGAUGAGUCGGUUGGCCCAUAUUCGCUAUCAACCACUUUCAACAAUGACAGCUCCUGUUUCUCUGUCGGGUUGGAGACUGGAUUCUGCGUUUUCAACUCCGAUCCAUGUGAGCUAAAGGUAUCCAGGGAUUUCAAUGCCGGUAUUGGCGUAGUGGAGAUGUUAGGACAGUCGAAUUAUCUUGCCAUCGUCGGUGGAGGAAGACAGCCCAAGUUCGCCCAGAACAAGCUGGUCAUCUGGGAUGAUGCAAAGCAAAAGGCCGUCAUUACACUCGAAUUCCGCACCUCUGUUCUUGGAGUUCGCUUGUCAAAAUCGCGCAUCGUGGUUGUCUUACUUAACAGCAUUCACAUAUUCGCAUUCUCAGUCCCUCCACAGAAACAGUCGGUUUUCGAAACCACUGAUAAUCUCCUGGGACUUGCUUGUUUAGGGAAAAAGCUCCUUGCUUUCCCAGGCCGGUCUCCUGGGCAAGUUCAGUUAGUGGAGCUUGAGACUGGUAAUGUUAGCAUCAUUCCAGCUCACAGUACUCCCUUGCGAGCUAUGGCGCUGAGUCCUGAUGGAGAGAUACUGGCUACUGCGAGUGAAUCGGGCACUUUAAUACGAGUAUUUUCUACCAGCAAUUGUACGAAAAUAGAAGAACUAAGACGGGGAGUGGAUCACGCUGUUAUAUUCUCACUGGGAAUUUCGCCUUCCAACAACCUGUUAGCCGUGACCUCUGACAAGUCAACCCUCCAUAUAUUCGAUCUCCCUCACCCGCGCAACUUAGCACGACGUAGCCAGUCACCAUCUUCGCCGCCAGAAGAAAUAACUAACCAGAAAUGGGGUAUCCUGGGAAGGAUACCAUUGCUCCCAAGAGUAUUCUCAGACGUCUAUUCCUUUGCAAGUGCUCCCUUCGAGAUUGGAGAUGAAGCGCCCCCCGGCUCCCUUUACAUGCCAUCAAUCGGAACGGCAUUCGGACGCCCACAGAAGGGCGUAAUAGGAUGGACAGAUGAUCAGACCAUCCUUGUCAUUGGUUCGGGGAGGGACGGGCGUUGGGAGAAGUUCGUUAUCCGCGAAGGCAAUGAUGGAAAGAGAUACUGUUUUAGAGACGGCUGGAAACGGUAUUUGGGUGCCGGCUGAAAUUACAGCCGUUCCUGAAAACCAUUGAUAUUGAAAACGCCUAUACAAGCAGUGUGAAGAUCGUACUAUGGUCUUUGCCGCACAAGAAGUGACCUUGUUCGGCAUCACCGACCAACACAGGGAGAGUCCCUCCUAACAGCUUUGGUCGCGCAAUUGAUAGGCCGAGACAGGUCAGACAGCAAACUGCUUAGGCCCUUUGGCGUUGGUAGAACUGGCCCAGAUACCGGGUUUUCGCCGAGAUCCUAAUUCACGCC